AUGGGAUCCAGGGGACUGGAGAAUGUCGCUCAGUGUGUGGGACUAUUCGUGAUGGUGUUCAGCAGUCCAGAAUCCAGGGCCAUCCUGGAGGAUCUUUUGGGGGAGCCUUGCCUCAGAGAUGAACCUGACAUGCCAUUCACUACCCAUUAUGAGCAGGCAAACUGGGUGACCUCCUUCUCAGAGCUCCAACCUGAGACCCAUGAGAUGGCCUCACCAGCCGAGCUGCAGCCGGAGAUUAAAUGCUGUGGAUACAACAGCUACAACGACUUCACUGGCUCCCCGUAUGUAAACAAAAACUCACUGUACCCCCAGUUCUGCUGCUCACCAGCAUCUGUACAGUGUGUUGAAGGAACUGCAGCUUCACAGAGUGUGCACGGCUGUUUGGAUGCUGUGGUGAAUUUGCUGAAAGAUAACAUUGCUUCGGUAGUGGGCGUGGCUAUUUGUGUCAUUGUUAUAGAGGUUGCUGCGAUGGUCGUGUCCAUGAUACUGUACAAGAGGUAAACCUGGAAACCUGCACAGUACACUGUGACCUCUCACAUCGAACAGGAUACAAUAAUAAAGUCUGAAAUUACCUUGGUACAAAAUUAUACAUGUUCUGUCCCACAUGUUAUAACCUCCAAUGAGUACAGAAAAGAGUCUUUUUUUAGUGCAUUUGUAAUCCUGUAUGUUUCUUUAAUAACUUUGUACACUUCUAUAGGCCAGUCAAUAAAGGUUUUAUAUUGUAGAUACAUAUAGUUUUAUGUUUGUUCGAGUGUAUCUUGUUUGCCAAGAAACUUCUGCAUAUGGACGAAUGUGACGCCUCAAGAGCCGUUUGUUACAGCUGUAAUUACAAAACAAAAACCAUUGAAGACCACAUAAUUUAGAGAAUACAAAAUUGGAAAUAAAUAUUCCAUAUUAUGUAAGGGCUGGACAAAAUUCUUUUAAUUGAUGAAUUUUAAAUGUAAGUUUUCAAGGAAGCAAAGUGGAGCAAUUUUAGACACAUUACAUGAAUCACUAUUGAAAACCACUAGAUAGCGGUAAUGCACAAUACACUGGGGUGUAUGUGUGUGUGUGCGCCACCUGCUGUAGAAGAUGAAGGAUGUCUGUCUAAAAUGCCGGAUGUGAAUAAACCUGACUAUCAUGAAAUUGUGGAUUUCAAUUAACUUACGUUCUUAUUGAAGUCGUCUACUCUCACAAACCUGAAAAAAAACCUUGUUUUUUAAAAAAUGCAUUCUGCCAUUAAAAAACAGUACUCACCUAUAAAUACAGAGAUGACGAUUAGUGCGUAGUGGACAUCUAGUUAUUUCAAAGAAUGCUUGGACCCCAUUGAUUGCUGAUUGCAGCUAAAUUAGUUUGUAUCUGUAUGAGGUGUAAGGUUAAUACUUCAGUACUCACCUUUUUACCUGUGUGUUACUUUAAAGUACUCUACUGUACUUUUGCCUGAAAAUGAUUCAAGCUUAGUAGUGAUAAGUAAGCAUCAUGUUAAUAAAAGAUGUUGAUAAAACAGUUUGUAGCACAGAGUCUUAAUAGGAAAUCAGUUAAUUGUCUGAUUGGU